AUGAUUAAGCAGCGUGAGGAGGACCCGGAUCCGGACGACGCAAGUGAUCUGGUUGGGGAAAUAAUCGAACAAACACUCCGUACAACGCCAGCAAAACGAGACUAUGCUGGCAAGGGGGACUGUGGGGGAAUGAGAGAGAAAUACAGAAUAGACAAGCGCGAAAGGCCGUCGUUUGGGGACCAUGGGGAGAACGAGGGCACAAACUGUGGAGGAGACGGACUUGCCAUGGGGAUGUCGGCUGCGGAGCCGGGGUGA